UAAUUACAAAUUGCAAUUAUUUGAAGUGUGUGAGUGAACUCAUGACAUUGUUAAGAUGAUGUUUUUGUUGCUAAUUACGUUAUGUGUCCUGACAUCGGGCCACGAGAUAACGCAGCUGAAGGUCCCGCUGCACGCGGACCCGCGGCGCGCGGCCGAGCUCAGCUGCCACUUCCACAUGGACGGCCAGAAACUGCACUCUGUCAAGUGGUACCGCGACCUGCACGAGAUCUUCCGGUACAACCCCUCGCAAAAGACUCAAAUCCGCUUGUUCAACGUGACCGGUAUCAUGGUGCAAGGCGGGUCCUGCGAGCUGGAGUCGUGCGUGGUGCGCGUCAUGCCGCUGCCGCAGGCCACGCGGGCCGCCUACACCUGCGAGGUCUCCACCGAGGGUCCCAUGUUCCAGAUCGCCCGCCAGACCAAACACAUGACUGUUGUUGCCAUGCCCGACAAGGAUCCAGUUAUAAGUGGAGCUCCGCAUUUUGUUCGUCCGGGGGAUCAGAUGCUGCUGAAUUGUACGACGGACUUCUCACUGCCGCCCUCAAACAUUAAUUGGUACAUCGACAACGAAAUACAAAAGCCCGAAGCGUGGCAGCACACGGAGGUGAGCGCGCCGCUGGCGGGCGGGCUGCGCGCGUCGUGGCGCGUGCUGCGCGUGCACGUGCCCGCCACCGCCAGCGGCGCACUGCGCGUACGCUGCGAGUCCGUGCUCCUGAGAGAGCACACAUCAGCGUCUCCCGAGCGUCGACGUCUAGUCAAAUCUAUGACUACUGCUCGACGCAACGUUGGUGCAACCGCGCAGACACUAUUUUCCAUGGCGCUGACUAGACGCCAGCGCUCAAAAGACGCUAGUGUGGGAUUUCUCUCAAGCUACUGA